UGCCUCAGUAACUUCAAGCUCUCUGACAAUCUCUGACGCCAAGAUGAGGAAACUUCUUUUGGGGCUUUUUCUUGGACUUCUUGCUGUUGUCCAUUCAACACCUGUUACCUCUGUGACCCAAGUCCCCGUCAACAAUGAGGAUGACGUUUUCCGGGAGGCCAUGACGGACGGCUUUAUCGUCCUGUCGCUCACAACGGAAACACCCAAAACGCAAUCGACCAUCGAAGCAUCUCAACAUUUUGAGUCCACCUCAAACGCAGAUGACGUUUCCAGAGACUUUGUACUCACAACUGAAGUGUCCAAAACAAACGCAACCGUUCCGGCAUCUCAACAGCCAGAUUUCGAAGACAUCGAAGGAAGUGCAGAAGGAGUCACCAACAAUUUCUGGCAUGGAGGCUACAUGACCACAACUUCCACGCAGGAAGCCUCAAGCGCAACCGAGUCCACGACCUCCAUGCAGGAAGCCCUCGGUGCAACCGAGUCCACAACUACGACCUCCAUGCAGGAAGCCCUCGGUGCAACCGAGUCUAUGACCAGCGGGUUUGAUCCCAACGAACUACCGGCCGAAACCACAACCGUCAAAGCCUCUCAGCAGCCGUUCUCCGAUGAUAUGUCGGAGGGCAGCGCAAUGGGAGAUAGCGAAGACAUGUCCACAACCUUCCCCUGGUUCGGAAGUUCCACAACCACAACCUCCACCAGCACCGAUUCACCCGUCAGCUCACUGAGUACUGAUUUUGGAUCCGGAGAUGAAGAGCUUGUCCUCCCCGCCACAGUCAAUACAUUAGGCUCAGGCUUGGGCUCAGGAAUGAUUGAGGAGCCAGCAGUAUCCAAAACUGGAAAAGUACAACUGGUCAAUAUGGAAAAACCAGCAAUGGUCGUGGAAACACAAGACCCCGAACAGCACAAAGGUCACACUACACCAGGUUGGAUCAUUAUCGUCGGCUUCAUCGUCGGUGUUGCAGCACUUGUGCUGCUCUGCCUCGCCAUCGCUACAAGAGACAAGUGGAACGGACCAAGCCAGGCAUCCACAACAAAGACCGAAACCAACCCCUCGAACCAGCAGAAGGGGCUGGAGAUGGAGACUUUCCUGCCCAGGGAGGAGCCCAUGGAGAACGGAAAGGCAGCGGAGUACACAGUCAUCCCCCUGGAUGAGCUCUCAGAGAGUUAUUCAUAAUAGCCCGGUUCAGAAACAGACUCUCCGGAGGCUCGACACCCAUCACACAAACCUAAGACUGUAUUUGAAGCAGAUGAAUUCCAUCAGAGGAACCGAGCUGUUCAAAAAGCAUCUCUGAGCCUCGUAUGAAUGAUGGUCUGUUGCGUUAUUUUUUUUUUUCCAGUGGUGACUUUUAAAAGCUUUUACCUUAACUUUGAAGCUGCGGUAAUAUUUCGUAUAUUUAUUGAGAUGCUACAAUCUCAUGUAAAAUAUAGAAAACUGGUCAGGCAGUGUGAAUGUCAAUUAUUUCAAAAACGCAGCUGAAAAGUCUUUACAGUGUUGUUUUUUUCCUCUUCCUGACUUUCCGUUGUAAUUAAUUAUUGUGAUUUUUGAUGAAAAGAGUUGUGUUUUUUAUUGUAUGUUUGUAAUAAUGUUAUUGAAAACUGUUGUGGACUGUAACUUAUAUUAAGCUGCUCUGUCAUUUUCUCUGUGUUCAUCAUAGAAACUGUACUAAACUCAAACAGCACUUCAGCGGCUGUAACCUGCACUUGUUCUUCAUUCAUUCACUGUAUCGUAUCCUCUUUUAAAUGAGAAAUAAACACAACAGCAGUUCAUCAAUAAA